GUUAGUUGCGAGUAUUAACGGUGGCUAAUUUCUGAAGGUCAUGUCCCUCUCCCAAAUUUCUAUAAAUUCCACCUCACCCGAUCCAACCUUUCUUCACUCAGCUGCUUCACAUUUUCUCUGUAUUUACUAGCUCUUCCUUUCCAAGAUCCAGACUUCAUGAAAAUGGCUCUUGUUGGAGUUAUAUUUGUGGGUUUGCUUGCUAUGGUCUCUUCUGUCAAUGGUUAUGGUGGUGGUGGCUGGAUUAAUGCUCAUGCUACCUUCUAUGGAGGUGGUGAUGCUUCUGGCACAAUGGGUGGAGCUUGUGGUUAUGGAAACCUGUACAGCCAGGGGUAUGGGACGAACACUGCAGCUUUGAGCACUGCUCUGUUCAACAAUGGGUUGAGCUGUGGAUCUUGCUACGAGAUUAGGUGUGUGAAUGACCCUAAAUGGUGCCUGCCUGGCUCCAUUGUGGUCACAGCCACCAAUUUCUGCCCUCCAAACAAUGCUCUGCCUAACAAUGCAGGGGGUUGGUGCAACCCUCCUCAGCAACACUUUGACCUCUCCCAGCCUGUCUUCCAGCAUAUUGCUCAAUACAGAGCUGGAAUUGUUCCUGUGGCCUACAGAAGGGUACCCUGCAGGAGGACAGGAGGCAUAAGGUUCACAGUCAAUGGCCACUCCUACUUCAACCUGGUUCUAAUCACUAACGUUGGAGGUGCUGGUGAUGUGCAUGCUGUAGCCAUCAAGGGGUCCAGAACCGGUUGGCAACCAAUGUCAAGAAACUGGGGCCAAAACUGGCAGAGCAACAGUCUUAUGAACGGACAAAGCCUCUCAUUUAAGGUCACCACCAGCGAUGGCCGUAGCGUGGUCUCCUAUAAUGUUGCUCCUCCAAACUGGUCCUUUGGGCAGACCUUCUCUGGCGGCCAAUUCCGCUAGGGUACUAUGCCACAUAUGCCCUUCAGCCUAGGGUUUUACUUUUAUAUACUUGGGGUAUCAAAAGUAAUAUUAGUGUGAGGUUAGGCUAUAUAUAUAAUAUAUAAUACUGAGUCCGGGAGGUCAGUGUUUGGCCUCCUGGGUCAAAAUGAGUAUUAGGGCUUAUUUUAAGUUGCCCUUUCCCUCAUUUUGAGGUAAUAGUUAGGUCACUCUUUGGAGGGUGUCCUACACUUGGAGGGACCUUUUAUAUUAGUGUUGGCGGUCUUCUCAUUUUUUCUUCUGCUGUAAUAAGGCAGAAGAUGGCAGAGGUGGACUCUUACCACCCGCCACUAGCAUUUGAAUAUUUUUUUUUAUCCCAUUGGAUGCCUUUUUUUUUUUGUCAUUGUAAUCAACUUUGGGAGGAAUCAACGCCCCUCAGUUGCUAUAUUUAAGUUUGAACUAUAUGAGAGUGUAGAUCUCCAAUUUCUGCUAGUAAUGGGAGUGAAAAUAUAUAUUAAA